GCCAGGCACCGGGCGUGGCGUCUCAGUCAGCCCUCACAAACCCCGUCAAGCCGGAGGACAUCCAUCCUCCGACGUCUCCGUGCAUGCGUCAUACGGGCAGCGCAUUCCCGCAUCUCUCGCACCGCCCUCACUCCGGUCCGUCUCUCUCCCCCACUUCCGAUCCAUUCAGACGCCGAGAUCUCCCCGGGGGUUCAUUUUGCCAGAUCAGGAGGGGCAAAUCCGUUUCGCUUGUUAGUCGGGACCAUGGCGGAGGCGGCGCCGGCCUCGCCGUGGUGGGCGGGGCGGAUGGCGGCGGCGUUCGGGGCGCCGUUCCUGUGGCUCGUCUGCCUGAUCUACUUCAUCCAGGGUUUCAGAUCUUUUGUCUGGACAGCUGUCUCGUAUCAAAUGAAGGACAUCAUGAAGCUGUCACCCUCAACAUCACAGUUUUUGGUCUCUGCUGCAUUUUUCCCUUGGAGCAUAAAACCUAUAUAUGGGAUUGUGUCGGACUGUAUUCCAAUUAAGCAGAGGAAGCGUGUACCCUAUUUGAUCAUUUCUAGUGGUCUUUCUCUAUUUCCAUGGCUUAUCAUUGGGCUGUCAGAAUAUUUGAGGAGCUCAAGCAAUCUUUUUACGCUAAUGUUGAUUGUACAGAACUUGGGAUCUGCCAUGGCAGAUGUUGUUAUAGAUGCAAUGAUUGCAGAGGCAGUUCGAUCAGCAGGGCCAGAAUUUGCUGGUGAUCUCCAGUCAUUAUCUUGGUCAUCAAUGGCUGUAGGGGGGAUAUUUGGGAGCUUAUUGGGAGGAUACGCAUUGUCCAAUCUCCCAAUAAAUGCUAUUUAUAUUAUUUUCUCUGCUCUUCCACUGUUCCAACUAGUUACAUGUGUUUUCGUUAAGGAAUCUCCAAAAGGAUUUGAGAGCACGAUAGAUAAUGCUGCACAUGAUCAUGCUGAUGAUCAGAAUAUUGAUAGUGCUUUUGCUGGACAAGGCUCAGGUGAAUCUUUUAAAUAUGCGAGCACUAGGAGGCGAAAGGGUGCUCGUAAAAAGAACAAAAGGAAAACAUUGUCCAAACGACCUGAAGGUCAUGAGAAGCACAAUAAUUCAGUUAAUUUAUACUCAUCUCUGAAAUCAGCCUUCUUCAGUUUAUGCACAGCUUUUAAGCAGCCAGCAAUUCUGCGACCUAUGGCAUGGUUUUUCCUUUCAAAUGCAGCAGUUCCAAAUAUCUCAACAGUAAUGUUCUAUUAUCAAACGGAGGUUCUACAUCUGGAGGCAUCCUUCUUAGGGACUGCACGUGUGAUUGGGUGGUUCAGUCUAAUGCUUGGCACAUAUAUCUACAACCGCUACUUAAAGCAUAAAAAACUCAGGAAUAUUCUUAUGUUUGCACAUCUUGGCCUUGCGAUAAUUACUGUACUGGACAUUUUACUGGUGUCAAGAUUACAUAUGCAGUAUGGAAUAGCAGACAAAUACAUGGUGCUGUGGGGCUCUGCUUUGGCUGAUGCAAUCAACCAAUUCAAGUAUAUCCUCUAGCUGACAUUUCUUUCAUACUCAUGUGAACUAUUACCUCCAUCCCGAAAAGCUCGUCUUAGAUUUGUCUAGAUACGAAUGUAUCUAGACACGUUUUAGUGUUAGAUACAUCCGUAUCUAGACAAAUCCAAGACAAGCUUUUUGGGACGGAGGUAGUAGAUUGCAAACCAUUAACUGAGUUUCUGCUUGACCUGUAGUUUAGAAAACCAGUUUGAGAUGCGUUUCUGUUAGAAACCCUAAGUUGCUGCCCAGAGUUACUGAUCCUGCAUUGACUAAUCUUGCAUUUAAAAUAUUUUAGUGUUGUGGCAACUCAUUAGUCACCAACUUAAACUUCUUUGUUUCAACUAAAACUAGACAGAUACAGUCAUACUCUUAUUUAUUUAUUUCCUUUAUUUGGGUGAGCGUCAAUCAAGUGGCCCUCAUGAAUGUUUCUUGAGCUCAUGGUUAAGUGUGACCCGUAUGUCAUAAAUUUCUUUAGAUGACUGUAUGUUCUUUUUUGCAACUGAGGAAAAUUCUUCACUUUAUCCAGUAUAAUAAUUGACAUUAGUUAGUAGGUUCAUAUUGUUCUCUUAAUCAAAACAACUGAAAAAAUGAGGAAAUUGUUCAAUCUAUCCAGUAUGAAUCCAUUAUUGUACUCAUGGCUGAAGAUCUGACAUCUUACCUACACAUUUUACGCAAUAGUGAUUCUAAC